CCACCCCCGAGCUGGAGCCCACCCUUCAGCGAGGCCGUCUGCAGUGUGUAUAAUUGUAGCGAGGGAAGCUGUCGGAGUCUAGGAGGAGCUGCGGCAAGGUCGACAACAGCAUCCUGCUCUGAACAACAGAAACAACCACAGGUGGACGGCCUUUAGUGCUGUGGUUCCGUGCUACAUAACGGAAAAGGAGAAUUUGGGACUUUUGUGUCGUAGUAGAAGAAGGAAGAAAGUGCUAUAAAGUUUCCAGCCAGUAGCCGCAUGUUCUGAGGAAGCUAACGAGCUACCCUCCACUGCUGCCGCUCUCCGCGCGGCUGCCCUGCGCUUCCUCUGACCAGGCGGAGCAGCGUGUUCUUCCCUUUAAAUCAGAAGACGGUUAUUAUCGGGCGACUCCCAAGAUUACACCUUUUGUCCAGUUAGAUUUGUGGGUCAUAAACAGUUUUUACACACGGGUUCUACGUUCAUUUGUGUUUUUGUGCCAUGUCAGCACCAUCUUCCGCGUCUUCCGCUACGGCAGAGAACGCCGCGACCGAAAAUGAUUUUCUAGCCCCAGAUGCGGGCCAGAGGCCGCCGGGUCCGACACCCAGCCAGAGCCGUUUCCAGGUGGACCUUGUAGCUGAGGCUGCGGGCGCCACCGAUGAUAAAUCCCCGAGCUCCGACGCUUCCGCCGCUGCUCCGGAGGGUCCAGAUACUGAUCCAGGGGUCAGCAGCGAGGAAGCAAAAGGCCGGUUUCGGGUGGUGAACUUUGCCGAUCCGAGCGGAGCAGGGAGCGCUGCCUCUCCAGAGGCAGCGCCGGCUGAAGGAUUGCAGAACGGGGACACGGUGAUGAGCGAGACCAGUUUGCAUUCAUCCACAGGAGGCCAGCAUCACUAUCACUAUGACACCCACACCAACACCUAUUACCUGAGGACUUUUGGCCACAACACCAUCGAUGCCGUGCCCAACAUCGAUUUCUACCGGCAGACAGCAGCGCCGCUGGGGGAGAAACUCAUCAGACCCACCCUGUCGGAGCUGCAUGACGAGCUGGACAAGGAGCCAUUUGAGGAUGGGUUUGCCAAUGGUGAUGAGCUGACACCGGCUGAGGAGGCUGCUGCUAAGGAAGCAGCCGAUUCCAAAGGAGUGGUGAAGUUCGGAUGGAUUAAGGGAGUACUGGUCCGCUGUAUGUUGAACAUUUGGGGUGUGAUGCUCUUCAUCCGAAUGUCAUGGAUUGUGGGCCAAGCUGGCAUUGCUCUGUCCUGUUUGAUCGUCGCCAUGGCCACCGUAGUGACGACCAUCACCGGCCUCUCCACCUCAGCCAUCGCCACCAAUGGAUUUGUAAGAGGAGGUGGAGCAUAUUACUUGAUUUCUCGGAGUCUGGGGCCAGAGUUUGGAGGUUCUAUUGGUCUGAUCUUUGCCUUUGCCAAUGCAGUGGCUGUCGCCAUGUAUGUGGUGGGCUUUGCUGAAACUGUUGUGGAGCUUCUUAAUGGUGUUGAUGCCAUCAUGACAGAUGAAACCAAUGAUAUUCGAAUAAUCGGAACAAUCACGGUCAUCCUUCUCCUGGGCAUCUCUGUGGCAGGAAUGGAAUGGGAGGCAAAGGCCCAGAUCUUCUUGCUUUUUGUCCUCAUUACAGCCAUUGUCAACUACUUCAUUGGAACCUUCAUUUCUGUCAAAUCAAAGGAAUCUGCUGGCUUUCUGGGCUAUGACGGUUCAAUCAUGUGGGAGAACAUGGGUCCGGACUUUCGAGGCGAGACAUUCUUCUCUGUAUUCGCCAUAUUCUUCCCUGCUGCCACCGGUAUUCUAGCUGGAGCCAACAUUUCAGGAGAUCUUGCUGACCCACAGUUGGCCAUUCCCCGAGGAACUCUCCUAGCCAUAUUGAUCACAGGAAUAGUCUACCUGGGUGUUGCUAUUUCAACAGGCUCUUGUAUUGUGAGAGACGCUAGUGGAAAUAUGAAUGACACAGCCAGUUCUCAGUUCGCGAUGAACUGCACUGAUGCUGCCUGCAGAUUUGGCUAUGACUUCUCUACCUGCAAGAAUGAAAAAGAUGGCUGCCGCUAUGGGCUUCAUAAUGACUUCCAGGUAAUGAGCCUCGUUUCUGGUUUUGGGCCCAUCAUCACAGCUGGAAUAUUCUCUGCCACUCUGUCUUCAGCUCUGGCCUCUUUAGUCAGUGCACCUAAAGUUUUCCAGGCUUUAUGUAAGGACAACAUCUACCCUGGACUGCAAAUGUUUGCCAAAGGCUAUGGCAAGAACAAUGAGCCACUCCGAGGGUACAUCCUGACCUUUGGUAUCGCCUUGGCCUUCAUCCUCAUUGCUGAGCUGAACACAAUUGCCCCCAUCAUCUCCAACUUUUUCUUGGCGUCCUAUGCCUUGAUCAACUUCUCUGUGUUCCACGCCUCAUUGGCUAACUCACCAGGGUGGCGCCCCAGCUUCAAAUACUACAACAUGUGGGUCUCCCUUGCUGGAGCCGUACUGUGCUGCGUGGUGAUGUUUGUCAUCAACUGGGCAGCUGCCCUCCUUACCAACGUCAUCGUUCUGGGUCUUUAUAUCUACGUCAGUUACAAGAAGCCAGAUGUGAACUGGGGCUCAUCAACCCAGGCCUUGACCUACCACCAGGCCCUGACCCACACUCUCCACCUCAGUGGGGUGGAGGACCACAUCAAGAACUUCAGACCCCAGUGUUUAGUGAUGACUGGUUACCCCAAUUCUCGUCCUGCUCUUCUGGAUCUGGUCCAUAGCUUCACCAAGAACGUAGGACUGAUGAUCUGUGGCCAUAUUCGCACGGGCUACAGAAGGCCAAACUUCAAAGAUCUUGCCACGGACCAGGCCCGCUAUCAGCGUUGGCUGCUGAAGAAUGACACCAAGGGCUUUUACACACCAGUGUUUGCUGAGGACCUGAGACAGGGCUCUCAGUACUUACUCCAGGCUGCUGGUCUCGGUCGCCUCAAGCCAAACACCCUGGUGAUGGGCUUUAAGAACGACUGGAGGGACGGCGACAUGAUGAACGUGGAGACUUACAUCAGUAUGAUCCACGAUGCCUUUGACUUCCAGUUUGGUGCUGUCAUUCUGCGACUAAAGGAAGGACUGGAUGUGUCACAUAUUCAAGGACAAGAUGAGUUGCUGUCUUUCCAGGAGAAGACGUCAGGAAUGAAGGAUGUGAUCGUGUCAAUAGACACCAGCAAAGAUUCUGAUGCUGACUCAUCCAAGCCAUCCUCCAAGGCCACCAGCCUCCAGAACAGUCCAGCUAUACAGAAAGAUGAUGAUGAUGAUGGCAAAGCUACAACUCAGCCCCUGUUAAAAAAAGACAAGAAAAGCCCAACAGUACCCCUGAAUAUGUCUGACCAGAGGCUGCUGGAAGCCAGCCAGCAGUUCCAGAAAAAACAGGGGAAAGGAACGGUGGAUGUCUGGUGGCUGUUUGAUGAUGGAGGACUGACCUUGCUGAUCCCGUACCUGCUGACCAACAAGAAAAGGUGGAAGGACUGCAAGAUCCGUGUCUUUAUUGGAGGCAAAAUCAACAGGAUUGAUCAUGAUCGCCGAGCAAUGGCCACUCUGCUGAGUAAAUUCAGGAUAGAUUUCUCGGACAUCACUGUGCUGGGAGACAUCAACACCAAGCCCAAAAAGGAGCAUGUGGCAGCCUUUGAGGAGAUGAUUGAGCCAUAUCGCCUGAAAGAAGACGACAUGGAACAAGAGGCAGCUGAGAGGCUGAAGAACAGUGAACCAUGGAGAAUCACCGAUAAUGAGCUGGAGCUGUACCGUGCCAAGACCAAUCGUCAGAUCAGACUCAACGAGCUGCUGAAAGAGCACUCAAGCACGGCCAACCUCAUUGUAAUGAGCCUGCCAUUAGCCAGGAAGGGUGCAGUGUCCAGCGCUCUGUACAUGGCCUGGUUGGAGGCGUUGUCCAAGGACCUGCCGCCCAUACUCCUGGUGCGCGGCAACCACCAGAGUGUCCUCACUUUCUACUCUUAAACUCACACCGCCAGAAAGAAAACCAAUGUUUUUAAGUCUUACAUCCACUUUUGCCUCUGGGGCACAUCCACCUACACAUCCCAGUUCCAGUCCAAACCUAAAGGUGCACCACAUACACUCCAAAGACGGUAGAAAACACAGCCACUGAUGGAAACCAUGCUGGUAAUAUGAUUAAGAAGUGAUAUCGUUUGAGACAUGUUGAAGCGCUACAUGUGAUGAAAGAAUGUCAGGAUUAGGGUGGGAGCUGGUUGUAUGGCUGCCCACUCUGCUUCGUUCUUUCUUUUUAUUCCAAGAUGUCUGUGUUUUUUCUCAUGUAGCUCCAGGUUCUUCUAAUUUCCUCAUAAAAAGCUGCCACUUUUGUUAAAGUUAAUUUUUCUCAGGCUCCAAACCAGUAGUGCACAAUGUUAAUGGUGUUGUUCUCAAGUUAUGAAAUAUCUUGAUGUCCUACCUGUUGAGUUCUUUAGACCAGUUGUUGUGUUUGUUGCAGCAAUAAUCACCCUGUUGUUUUCUUGAAAUAUUGGGAGAGGACCAUACAGAACGCUUUGCAACACCCUCUUAAGCCUUAUGGAUGUGCCUUCCAGUUGAAUCAGAAUAAAUAUUUGUAAUCUCUAUCCAGAUUGACAAUAUGACCUAUUAUACUGCUGGAUAAUAGUUAGUUGUUGGUUUUUCUUUUUGUUUGUUUUUUAAUGUGAUUCCUUCUUAUUUGGAGCACUGUAUUUAUGUGAGUGGAUUGCAACAAUUUAACAAAGGUGUCCACUCGAUUGCAUGAACAUUUUCUCAGUUAAUUCUCUCUCUCCAUUUUACCUUAAUCAGCAUGUUUAUGUUGCGACAGAUUUGUUUUUGUUUUAUUUCUUCACUUUUGAGUCUUCCUUUAUAAAGAGGUUGUCUAUUUAUAGUAGCCUCAACUACUCAACACAAGACACAAUUUAUCUUUUGGGCACAGUGCCUAGAAAAAAGUGCACAUGGUCUUAAAUUUAAGAUCUCACUGUCUGUCAGAAAAGAUGUGAAUCUAGUUUUUCGUUAACCUCGUCAGGUGGAAAGACUAUCUCUCCCAUGUAGCUGCUGAUCGACUAAAUAGUUUCUUUCAACAACAUUUUGUGUUUCUAUGUCCACAUGUAGAUUUCUUCCCCUGUAAAGAAACUCCUCUAUCCAACAAGCUAGUUCAAACCUUGCCUUAAUACUAGAACUAACGAUUGUCAUGAAUCCUUUUCCUUUUCUCUUAUAAGCCAUACUGGCUGAAUGGUUUGUGAGUAAAUGCAGAUAGCGAUCCAGUACUAAUAUGUUGGAAGUUUCAGCACACUUGUCUUCUGUGCUGUAUAUGCAUCUUCAUUAUCUUCCUGUAGUCCACCUGCCUUAGUCUGUUACAGUGCUUGCUGUAGGUCUGUGUGCUGCUGGUGAAGUGGUUAAUAUCGUAACAUAAAUUCCACAUUUCCAGUGUUGGCACCGCUGUAGACUUGACAUAUGCGCUCAGGCAGACUUGGCUGGCUGCUUAUUUGCUGUGUGGGUGUAUGAAGGACUGCUGGUCUCCCAUUCCCACAAAGCCUAGAUGGGCUGAGAGAUGAACAACAUGCAAGCUUCAUACUGGAAGAUUUUCGGGCAGAAGAAUGUGUCAAGGCUGAGUGAAGAUAUACCUCUAUCCAUAUGAGCUUGUGUUGCAUGUACUUAUAAUAGAAGUCCACUGCUCCAUCAUAUGAGGAUCUGCUCGCCUCAGUUCAGCGGGAGCACUUUAGGCACAUCCCUCUCCUUUACUGUAAUUAUUACUAUCACUGACUUUUAGCCUUUUUUAGCGUACCUUGACUCCAGAAAUACCCAUAUAUAGACCAACUCACAAUCAGAUACUCAUGUUCUAAAUAGGUCAAGUGUUCCUUGUUCUACCAUGACCUUAGAGAAUAUUGGUCUGAGGUUGCUAUUCUAUAUUAUAACUGGUUACUGCUGUUACAAAGUCACAGUACAGUAUAACCAUUACUUAUUGAAGUCUAAAGUUACAUUGAUUUUGAAGGUAUGUUCAGACUGAAUGCCACCUGGUGAACGAAACUACCCAGUACAGUGAAAAUUUCAAAGGCAAAGCUGCAUCUACACAUGGAGAAAAAUCACCCUUACCCCAAAUCUGAACUUAUUAAAACAAUGACACAGAAAUUUAAGAGAGACUUUGUAGAAGUAGGUCAGGAAACCAAAGUUAGUGGUAAGUCUUUUUUUUGAAGAGCAAAGCUUACAGCAAAGUCAUCAAAGGUGACUAAACCGCGACUACAGCAGUCAAACUUUUCUAGAUAACAUGAAGGUAAAAUAUUUGUUCAGUCUGAAUGUACCUUAAGGAUGGCUUAAGUUGUACCUGCAUAAAUGAGUGCAGCACCCAGAAGAAAUGAGUGAUUGCAUUUGAAUUACAGAUGAUGUGACCAGUCAUUGUGUAAGCAGGAUAAUGUGUUGCUAACAGUGCAGUUUGUCAUAAAAUAUCUGCACAGGUCAUUGCUGAUGUUCUACUUUUUUCUAUUUUCAACAACUUGGUUUCAAACUACAAUGCAAUUCAGAAUAAAAGAAGGUCUAUUAUGACUGCUAGAGAUUAUGGUUGGUGAUGUGAAAACUGCCACAAACCUAAUGGAAUAAAACAGGGUAUUUUUUGUAAUGUACUUCCUUUUCUGUCUUUUUCCCCAGAAACAAGCAGUUUUAACAUUUACCUUGUUACAUCCAUGUAUUCUGUCUUUCCCUGUAUGCAAAUUCAGAAGAGGAAUGUGCCACAAUGCUUAGUUGAAUGUACUCUUUAAUGAUGAACACUAUUGCAAGGAGUUAGCAUGCAUAGUCUUCAUGUUCUGCUUUGUUUUCCAUUCUCAUUUUUCAAUUAGCACACCAUAGAGCAGUGAACCGUAUGCAUACUUCAUUGUGCUGUUAGCAUUCAUACAACUGCGUCCCACCUGCAUCACUCAUCAGUGUGACUUUUGUGUAUAUGUCUGUUUGUAUACACACACACACACACACACACACACACACACACACACACACACACACACACACACACACACACACACACACAUAUAUGUGUGUGUCUAUAUAUAUAUAGACACACACAUGCAUACAUAUUUACAGGUGUGUGUGUGUGUGUGUGUGUGUGUGUAUAUAGCAUUUUAAAUCUGAAGGCACAGUCAAACAGUCCUAGAUUAAGUAACAGCACAAGUUUGCACCCCCAAAAAAUCCCCAAAUUGUAAUUUGUAUUGUUACUUCGUAUACUAAACACUACAAUCAUAUACUACAAUUCUAUAUAGAGGAAUCUACUUUUUUUUGUCAAAAUUGGUCUUUGUAUGCGUUUUGGGUAACAUGCAGCUUAAAAUAUCAGUGUGACAAGGAGAUUUGACACUAGGGGGCACUGUUAUGUACUGGAACAACAUGAAGGUAUGUAUGUUUAAUCUUUGUUCAUUGUUCUGCUGUGAAGCAUUCACUGUCCCUUGAUGUUACUGGAUGGCAACAUUACAAACCAGAACACGGGUUACUCUGUAUUUGUAUAUUAAAGGAAUUAUAUAUAUAUAUGCAUGCAUGCAUAUAUAUAAAUAUAUGUAUACACACAAUCACACACACACACACAUAUAUAUAUAUACACACACGCAUAUGUAAAUGUAUCAGUCUGACCUGCAGGGGUUCUUUGUCUUUAAAAUGUCACACUAAAUGAAACAAGCAAGAAAAAACCUCCUGUCAACUUUUUACAACCAAAUAAUAGCAUUUGUGUGUGUUGUUUUUUCAUUUGUCUUGAUAAAUAGAUUUUAACUAAAGUCUGUCUGACAAUAGUACUGUGUUGUACUCAACAAAUCAAAUGUCAUCUGUACCAAGGUAUCAUUGGACAACUCCUAAUCAUUGUAUGUUUCUUUUUCUUUCUUUUUUUUGCCAAAGCCGCCCCCCCACCCCACCCUUUCUCCAGUCCCCACCCCACCCUUUCUCCAGUCCCCACCUCUCAUGUGUCGAGCCAUGAUGAUGGAUAAUCAUGUUUAAAAAAAAAAAAUUAGAAACUGGUCCUAAUAUGUCACAGUGGUUGACUUUGGUCUCCACUACAAACAUAAUCUAACCUGUAAAUAAAUGUCUUAGCUUAAUGGCAUAAAGUAAGGGAGUGGAUUCAUAUGUAAUAGUAACAGAUUUUAGCAUGGAGGAAGAUAUUUAUUUUAGUUCAGAAUUUUCUCUGCUUUAUUUCUUUAAUAUUUUGGUUUUGGGUAUAAAUUACUUUGCAUAUUGAUCUUUUUUUCAUUAGUUUUUUGCCUUUUGAUUUUAGAAACAAAUCUUUUUGUUCUUUGAGUCUAUGUAUUUCUGUCUUUUCAAAGCCUUUGAAGAAAAGACUUGACAACAAACAGUUUAAACCAAUUUUCUCCUGCUUUCACACGAAUGUGGAUGGAAUCAACCAGCUGGUUGAAGCAGUAAUGUUUUGAUAUGCUGUACUGUUAAGUCACAGAUAUGCUUUUUCUAACAUUUUAACAUUUAUGAUUACCAGUACUUUGUACAUCUAUAUUGCAAUAAAUAAAUCAAAUGAAAUCA